GAGGUUAUCCUACAGCCUUACCAUCACAGCUGGGAGCUGUUGCGUUUCGCGAUUGCCUCUUCUUCGCGUCUUCGCCUAACAAGUCGCAUGUAGGCGACGACGGGUUGCUUUUCGAUGAGCUAGCUAUUGUUGGCUUCGCAGCCAAGAUUAGCUUCAAGGCUAACGUGCCGUUGAGUUGAGGUUAGCUUCCCAGCUAAGUGCUACCUGGCUACUUGGCAACUGUUGCCUAGCAGCAACGUCGACGCGACAUGGCGGAUGACGGCCGGCGGGAAGAGGACGAGCGCGCGCCCGGGGCCGUGUACCGCGGCUUCGUCGUCAUGGAGACGCUGAUGGAGAAGUUGAAGGUUCUCGAUGUCGAAGAGGAAGUUCUGUCCAAACACAACAUGAAGAACCUGUCCAGACACAACUUUGUGUCCAGUCCCUAUGUGGCGUCCAACCCUGGCGAGCAGUUCUAUAUGUUCAGCAUCAUCGCGGCGUGGCUGAUCAACGCCGCUGGGCGACCGUUCGCCGUGCCUCAAGAAACAGACGAGCCCAACGCCACCGUGGCUAACAUUCUGACCGAGCUACGGGCCAUGGGGGUCAAGGUGGACUUCCCGCCCUCCAAACUGAAGUCGGGAUCAGGCGAAUUUGUGUGCCUGGUGCUGGACAGACUGGCAGAUGAAGUUUUGAGGAAGCGGGGCUUCAGUUUCCGAAGACCAAAGUAUCCUCCUGUGACGGCAGAAGAUGAACCAGUGAGCGAAGAGAUGGUUGAGAAUGGAGAACUGAUGCUUGGUGUGCAGGAGGAGGAGGAGGAGAAUCUGGAGGAACCAGAAGAGGAGGUGGAGACGGUUUUGGAUUUGGAAGAUUUAAAACUUCGCUCGGGUCAAUCUGAAGUGGGUUUAUCCUCUAAACCGGAGGAGAUCCUGCAUGCCACUGUGGAUGCAGCCGAGUGGAUGCUGGAGCUGGAGCGAGUCCUGCCACAGCUGAAGGUCACCGUCCGGUCGGACAACAAAGAUUGGAGGAUCCAUGUGGACCAGAUGCAUCAGCACAGAGAUGGGAUCACCUUGGUCCUCCAAGAAGCCACGGGUCACCUGGACCGGCUACAAGAGGACAUCGGAAAGACUUUGGAGAAGGUGAGCAGCCGAGAGAAGUACAUCAACAAUCAGCUGGAAACGCUCGUCCAGGAGUACCGCAGUGCCAAGGCCAAACUGAGCCAGGUGAAGGUGCGCCACCUGCAGGCCAGCAAGAAUGUGGCUGAGAAGACCCGGAUUUUAGCAGAGGUGAGCGACGAGCUGGAGAAGAUCAAAGUUGCCAUGGAGGAGCGAGGAAGCAGCAUGUCGGAUGGAGCGCCAGUGGUCCGGGUCAAACAGUCUCUCACGAAGCUGAAGCAGGAGGUGUUCCAGAUGGACGUCCGGGUUGGGGUGGUGCAGCACACCCUCCUCCAGGCCAAACUCAGGGAAAAGUCCAACAUGACACGGGACAUGCACGCAGCCUCGCAUGUGUCGGAGGCCUCCGGCAACACCAGACCCUUCAGCUAGUCCCGAGCGGACCGAUGUCACUUCCUGUUUGUAUUGUCAUGUUAAUAAAAGUUUGUGA